AUGUCGGCGACCAACGGUGACUCAACUCCGGCAUCGCCGACGAAGGAGCAGUGGGAUGAAUUGUACAAGGACGUGAAGGAGUCGUUGCUGGAGGAGAUGGGCGAGGAGAGCUGGUAUAUCAUCAUCGCCACGGUCAUCACCGUCUCGCCCCAGCCGCACCUCCUCGCCGACUUCUGGACGUACGUCACCACGCACGACGCAACCUUCUCGUCGACGCCAGAAUCGCAAACCCGCCUCUCAGACCGGCUGCGCGACAUGCUCCUCAAGCUGAUCGUCCUGAUCGGUGCGCCGCAAGUUCUCUCGGCGAUGAUCCCCCUCGCGCAGCGCCAGACCGACGGCAAGGGGGAGCAGGAGCGCGGCGAGCUGGAUCUGCAGCAGUGGUCUGACAUCACCCUCCCGUCGCUGCACGCACGGGGCAUCGAGGCCAUCACGUCCGUCUACGGGACGCUGUGGCCGCGCAUCUUCGCGACCUUCGGCCCGCACCGGGCGCAGGUGGGCCUGCACGAGAUCGCCAUCGUCUACGGCCUGUACCUGGGCGACUUCUCGCGCCUGACCGCCCUGGAGACGGAGCUGGUCGCCUUCACCGCCAUCACAUGCCAGGGCCUACGCGGGCCCAGCUUGUGGCACGUCCGCGGCCUGGGGCGGGUGCUGGGGGCGCGCGGUGCCGACGACGAGAACCCCCACAUGCGCCGCGUCAAGGACGUCGUGCGCGGCGUCAAGGUCGCCGUCGCCCGGGCCGUGGAGUUUUGUGGGCCCGAGAUGGUCGCGCGCAGUGGCUUGGACGGCAGCAAUGGUGGGCUCGGGUGGCCGAAUGUCGGGGACGUGGUGAGGGAGUUGGGUGGGUGGGGCGACGACGGUUGA